AUGGCAAUCCUUGGUCUUCAUUACACUCUUCAUAAUUCUGACUUCUUCAUUAUAGUUGCCACAUACAUUACCAUUAUUCCUUGCAUUGCAGAUUUUCACGUUCUUGUUGUUGGUUGCAUUGCGAUGUCUCUAAGCAGGCUAUCAACUUUCCGUCUUCAAUCCUUGAUAAACUGCUCUGUUGUUCUCUUCAUGUUCUUCAAUUUUUUCCAACCCUUUGUUCAUCCACUUUCCUUCAGCAUCAAUGACUUUAGUCGAGAUGCAAACAACAUACUUUAUGAAGGUGAUGCCGCGCCUUCUUCAGGAGUGAUUGAACUCAGCACGAUCACAGCCACAGAUCCACAGGAUAUAUAUUGCCGCACUGGCCGGGCUACGUAUGCAGAACCUUUGCACUUAUGGGACUCUGCUAAACUGGCAGACUUCACUACUAAUUUCUCUUUCAUUAUCGACACUGUUCAUAAUCAUACCAACAUUGGUGAUGGACUUGUGUUUUUCCUUGCCCCUGUUCACUAUCCAAUUCCACUAAACUCUGCUGGUGGUGAUCUAGGAUUAUUAAACACCACCAAUCGUUUACUAAACCAAAUUUUGUUAAUGCCCGUUGGGAUGCUCUCGGCAACGGUGGGAAGAAGGCUCACGUACAGAUAA